AUGCGGGACACGUCGAAGGCUAUUCCCGGCCUCGACUCGGCUACGGAGAAAGACAGCAACGGCAGUUUCGAAAGAGUACCCGCCGAUCUACAGAAUCCCGACACAGUGCGUGAUGCUGUAACUCGCACCCAAGCAACCCGUGCAUUCAUCUACAUCGCCCCCCGCUCGUCCGACAAUAUGAAGUCGACCAUCCAGGCCCUCAAGUCGGCCGGCAUCGAGCUGGUGGUACUGCUCAGCAGCUUCACCAUCCGCGGCGAACCGGAGGACGUGGAACCCAGCGAGGUGAUCCCCUACCUACACGCGCAAGUGGAGAUCAGUCUGAAAGCAGUCUUUGGCCCGGGCGGCUACGUCGCGGCUCGACCAGGCUCUUUCGCCAGCAACACCAUCCAGUACAAGGCAGGAUUGGAGAGUGGGCUGGUCAAGAUUUUCGCACCGGAUGCGACGGUUGAUGCUAUUGCUCCAGAGGACAUUGGCAGAGCCUGUGGCACCGUUCUUGUGAAAGGGCCGCGGGACGGAAACACGAAGACGGCCAUGUAUCUGUACGGGCCGCAGUUGAUUUCCCAGGCCGACUGUGUCAAGACACUCGCCAAAGUAUUGGGCAAGAGUCCUGCCGUUGAAACGAUGGGAAGAGACGAAGCAUACAAGAAAUUCACGGAGGAGCGUCGUUGGCCGGCUCCUCUCGCCGACUACAUGAUCAAGCACUGGGGCGCUGUAGACCCUGCUCGCAGUCUGGUUUGUGGCUAUCCAGUCGGCGCUGAGCAGCUGUCGAGUAUUGAGAAAUACACUGGGAAGAAGGCAAUGACGUUUGAGGAAUGGGCAGAACAGAACAAGCAGAGGUUUCUCUCUUGA